AUGAUCACACCAACUUUUAAGGUAGAUCAAGAUAGUGACUCACUAACGAUAACUAUAAAGACCCCUUACGUUCGGGCUCAAGACGUUGAUUUGUAUGUUGAAGGCUGUGAAUUCCGAUUUUAUUUACGUCCUUAUUUCCUGAGACUCCACUUUCCAGGAAAUAUAGUUGAAGAUGAUCUCUCCAAAGCGGUUUAUGAUCCUUCAGUUGGCCAAUUCACCAUUCGUGUUUCCAAAGAAACAAAAGGAGAAUUUUUCCCUGACCUUGACCUUCUUACCAAACUCUUAGCAAGAACAGGCGAAUCUUCGAAAGAGAAAAAUGGUACAGCAGAUCAAAAGGAAAAGAAACCUUUGAUCGAAGUCGUUGGAAGCUCAGAAAACAGCAAUACAGAGCAGCAAUUGGGGGACGAAGAAAUACAGGAUGCAAUAGAAUUCAACUGGGAAUUACCUCAGGAAUUACCUUCUAGCUCAGAACUCUAUAUCACGUCCCACUACGGCUUCAAUGAUCAAUAUAAUGGAUACUUCACACAUGUGCAUGAGACUAUGAAUGAAAUUAAUGAGAUAACGGAUGUGGAAAAAUCCACUACAGAAAGUCGACGUCAAGAACGCCUUCAAAAAGAGAAUAGCUACUUUGACGAAGAUCAUUAUUGUAUGGAUUUUGCGAAUAGUAAUGAGAUAGAAGAAUUAUUGAAGUAUAAAACUUCUACGGCGGUAGCACCACUGAAUGUCACCAAUAAAGAUUCUUUGUUGAAAUUUACAAGCCAGGAAGAAGCUAUGAUGCGUGAUUUACCCAACAAAGCAUAUUUGUUAUCUUUCGAGAAGGGAAUUUACUUGGGAUUAGUUGAUUUACUGUUGGCUUAUUCAUAUAACCACCGCGUAACAGAAGGUGAAAACAACGUCGAAUCUGUCUGGUGCAUUGGUAAAAUCAGCUCCACGUUAUCAUCCUUGGAACAAUUUACAACUCUGAAAGAAGUUAUAAUUUCAUUUUAUCGUCGUGCUCUUAUAUACCCUCUUUAUAGACAUUUUGGACUUUGUGAAAAAGUUCUUCAAGACGUGUAUAUUUUGUUUCGACUCGGUAAAAGAGCUAUUCUGAAAACUCUUUUAGAAAUGAAGCAUUUGUUCGAUCAUCAUGAUGUCUAUUACAUAUACAGCAAACUAUAUCUGGAUGAUUAUUGUAUUUGGGUGCAACUGUUUAGUGACAAUGUCCUACGUACUUUGGCUCAUGAACUGCAUCAUUUUAAUGUCAAGAAAAAUGAGCUAGGAUGGGAUCUAGUAGAAUUGGAAGAGGUACGCUUUGAGUUAUUUAUUGCUUGUGAAAGACUUCUUACAUCUCUAUUCUUUCUUCAAUUUUUAAAAUAG